UCAGGGAGUACAGAGGACCACUGAGCUCUCUUGGAAUAGACACGACAUUUGGCUCGAGUGGAACCAACGACUACGAAAACUCCUAUUUCAUGUGGAUUACUCCUGGAAAAGGAAACUUGUUUGAAAAGAGGAAAUUAGUUUAUCGACUAAACUUAUAAGGACUGGAACGUACGCUACAGCCGCUGGCUACGAGACACAGCCCAUGAUGCACGCUCCUUCCUCUGCAGCCCCACCCACUUCCUGUCUGUAGAGGAAGCGGCCGCCCCCAGCAUGUCCUCGCACCCCCAGUCGGUGCCCCAGGGCCGGAGGGCCGUGGACACCCGCCACCUGCCCAACCCUUCCUCUCUCCCCCUGCAGCUGGCCCGGGCACACACGGAGGUGGGCCUGGUGGACUACCACUCUCAUGUGAGGGACUACAGCUCACACCUGGCCCAGCCACACCGCCGCAGGCCCUCUCUGCUGUCAGAGUUCCAGCCAGGGAAUGAGAGACCUGAAGCCAUCUGCUUUCAGACUCUGCAUCGUGCUCUGAUGUGCCUCCUCAAAGCGCAUUCUCAGCGCAUGACAGUCCACACUGAUUUCCAGAACUUCUCUCUGAAAACUCCCUUCCACGGCGUGCUUUUGAUGCCUGACAUGUCGGGGCAGGGCGCCCCGCGGGGCGUGGGAGGGACCAUGCUGCCCCCCCACGCCCUGGCCCUCUACCAGCACCAGAUCACCAUGGCCCACGGGGAGUCGUCCAGCAAGGAGCAGCACGCGGGCCAGCCCGUCAAGCAGCAGCAGCAGCAGCCCUACCCAGCGCAGGGGGACCGAGAGACGCACCACGGGGCAGCCCCGCGCCGCCCACGCAGCCCCUCCACCAGCGACAAGGACGAACUGGAGGGCAACGAGCGGUGGCUGCAGACCCUACUACACGGAUUACACAAGUCCAGGGCCUUCUCUCCUCACGGGGAUGCCAAGAAGCAGGCGCUGGGCCCGGAGGACCUGAGGGGCUCCCUGGGCCGGCCCGUCCUCUCUCCCUUCCCCAUGUCGCCCCGGGACAUCGCCAAGCUCAGCCACGAACAGCAGCAGCAUCUGCUCCACUACAACUCCACCCUCCAGCAGGCAGGACACCCCGGCCUGCAGCAGGAUGGAGCGCGGCUGGCAGCGGUGCGGCCCCUCCACAUGCCAGAGCCCCCUCUCAUCUCCUCCACCAAACCAGGGGCUCCGGUAUCGCAGGGCACCCCAGUGCAGCUGCAUAGCCCGGCGCAUGGGAUGGACCAGGGGAAGAUGCCUCCCGCGCCAAUGGGUUUGUCCUGGAUGGAUCAGAGGAAAGUCCCUACCCCCGUGGUGAAGCAGGAGCAGCUGUCCCCGCGCUGCUCGUCCUCCCAGGCUGAGAACCUGUCCGCCCAGGGGGCCGCCCACGACGGAGCCGCAGGGCCGCGGUGGGUGACCGGCCCACAGGGAGGCAGCAUCACUAAGGGCAUCCCAGGGACCAGGAUACACCAGGAGUCCCCCAUCUCCUACCGUGGUGGCUCCAUCACUCAGGGCACCCCCGCAGACGUCCUGUACAAGGGCACCAUCACGCGCCUCAUCGCCGAGGACAGCCCCAGCCGCGCCGAGCGGGAGCGGGACGAGGCCAUGUCCAAGGGACACGUGGUGUACGAGGGCCUCAGCGGGCACAUCCUCACCUACGACCGCUCUGCCUCCCAGAACCCCAAGGACGAGGGCCGCGGCCCGGGGCAGCCGGGGGAGCUGGUUGGGCUGAAGCGGCCCUACGACGUCAUGGAGGGGGGCAUCUCCAGGGGCUUGCCCAUGAGGGACUCCCUGUCUGCCGCCACCUGCGAGGGGCUGAUAAGCAGAGCUAUGCCCCACGAGAGAGACAGUCCACACCCCUUCAAGGACGCACACCACAUCCGCGGGUCCAUCUCCCAAGGUAUACCUCGUCACCUGGACCCCCAGGACGGCUACCUCCGGAGGGAGCCCAAGCAGAUGAAGAGGGAGCCGUCCCCCCCGCCCCGGCCGGGCUCCAUGCAGGAGGCCAUGAAGGGCCGGGACGCCAUGGUGCCCACGGUGAAGGAGGGUGGGCGCUCCAUCCACCUCAUCCCCCGGGAGGAGCUCCGGCAGCUGGGCUCUGACGGCCUGAUGAUGGCCAAGCCUGGCAAAGAGGGCAUCCUGACCCAGGGCCCUCCCAUGAAGCAGGAGGCGGUGGGUUCAGGGAAGCGCCACGACGUGCGCUCCAUCAUCGCCAGCUCCCCGCGCUCCUACCACGGCCCCCCCCCGCACCUGGACAUGCGCCCCGAGCGGGGCCGCUACGACGAGGGCCCCAAGGGCCGCCCCAGCGCCGUGGUCAGCACGGCCAGCUCCAUGGCCCGCUCCUCGCCCCUCACCAUGGGGCCGGAGCAGGGGGGCAAGGCCCACCACAGCCCGGGGGGCUACGAGGAUCACAAGGGCCCCCUCAGGGCCCCCUACCCGGGGCCCUCUCACCGAGGAUCCCCCCUGUCCAGGGAGGGAGGCCAGCGCCAGCAUGAGGGAUCCAAUAAGAACCAGCCUCAGGAGCGCAAGGCCACGCCCACGCCGCGAGAGAUGAGCGCCACCAAGUCGCCCCUACCUUCAGUCGCCGAGCAACAGGCGUCGCUGGCGUCGUACGAGCGCCUGCUGCAGGGUCUGGGCGCUGCGGAGGUGUACCGCGGGCCCAUCCCCUUGGCCUUCGACCCCUCCUCCCUGCCCCGUGGCAUCCCCAUCGACCCAGCUGCCUACUACCUGCCCCGUCACCUGACCCCCAACCCGGCCUACCCCCACCCCUACCCCUACCUGAUCAGGGGCUUCCCCGACACGGCCGCCCUGGAGAACCGGCAGACGCUGCUCAACGAUUACAUCACCUCCCAGCAGAUGCACCAGUGGCCGGCGGCGGCGGCCAUGGCGGCCCAGCGCACCGACCUGCUGAGGGGCCUGUCCCCCCGAGACCAGCCCAUGCCGCUGCAGUACUCUGCAGCCCCGCGCGGGAUCAUCGAUCUGUCUCAGGUGCACUUACCUGUCCUGGUCCCUCCCUCCGCAGGGGCCGCUGGCUCGACCAUGGACCGCAUCACCUACAUCCCCGGGACCACCGGGGCUUUCCCCAGCAGGCCCUACACCACCUCCCCCAUCUCCCCAGUCGGGCCCUCGCACAUGAGCAAAAUGCAGGCCACGCCCUCUUCUGCUGAGCGGGAGAGGGAGAGAGACCGCGAGCGAGACCGCGACCGGGAGAGAGACCGGGACCGCGAGAGGGAGCGAGAGAGGGACCGGGAGAGAGACCGCGAGAGGGAGCGAGAGAGGGAGAGAGAUCGGGACAGAGACAGGGACCGGGAGAAAGGCGGUUCCCACGGCAACGUGGAGCAUGCCCCCAUCUGGAGACCAGGUACAGAGCACAGCUCCGGGGGCAGCAGCAGUGCACGCCCCCCUUCUCACCCCUACGGCCACCAGCACUCCCCCGCCUCGCCUCGCACCCAGGACAGCAUCCAGCAGAGCAGUGCACGCCCCCCUUCCCACCCCUACGGCCACCAGCACUCCCCCGCCUCGCCUCGCACCCAGGACAGCAUCCAGCAGAGGCCCAGCGUGCUGCACACUGGGGGCAAGAGUCUGCCUGUCAGCGAGCACUCUGUGCUACGGUCCAUGCCUCCUGGCGCAAACCGCUACCCAGGCUACAGCCACCUCCAGAGGACCGGGGUGCCCGAGGGCUACCCCUCCGGCCUGGAUCCCAGCGGGGCCAAGGACCUGGGGCGUGACGGGGGCAAGAGCAGGGGGGGCCUCCCCAAGCACGCCCAGGACCCGCACGGAAUGUCCUCCAGCAAGGCCGAGUCCAAGCUGUCCAGCCCUGGAGGGAUGUACCCGGGGCCCUACUCCCAGGCCCCGGCCGCCUCUCACCUCUCAGGCCGGCCCCCACACCUGCUGGCCCCCCAGUCGGAUAACCCUCCUGGCCGGGGAGACAGUGGCACACCUAGUAGGGAAAAGACUCAAAACAAAGCGAUGUCCAUUCAGGAACAAGAGCUCCGAGCACUCGCUCAACAGAAGAUGGUGCCCAUGGAGCAUGCUCUGUACCGCCCCCCCUCUGAGGAGAGACUGUCCCCGGGCCAGCAGCAGCCCCAGUCCCCCUGUGUCAAAGGCAGCCAGAGGGUGGUCACCCUGGCCCAGCACAUCAGCGAGGUGAUCACCAAGGACUACAGACAGAACCUGCAGCAGCAGGCUCCCAUGCAGCAGGCCUACCACAGCUCCCCAGUCCUGGACCUGACCCGGCCCCCCAGCGCCCCCCAGCCCCCGUCCUCCUCCAAGGAGCCCGGCCAGGGGCCCCGCUACCCCCCGGACGGCGGCGGAGGCGAGCGAGCCAGGGACAGGUCCCCCACCCAGCCCAAGAUGUCCCCCGUCGGCAUGUCGGCUGACGGCAUCGAGCCUGUGUCCCCUGCCGGAGCCAUGUCUGAGCCAGAGACACAGGGGUCCUCCUACCCCGCUGAGCAGGGGGAGCAGGGCAUGGGCUCUCGCUCGCCCCCCAACACCUCCCAGCCCCCGGCCUUCUUCAGCAAGCUCACGGAGAGCACCUCGGCCAUCGUCAAGUCCAAGAAGCAGGAGAUGAUCAAGAAGAUAGGAGGAGACAGCGACUUCAACGCCGGCCAGCCAGGAACAGAGAUCUUCAACAUGCCUGCCUCCACCACUGCAGGACCAGUGAGUAUCCGCAGCCACCCUCCCCCCGAGGCGUCCAGUAACACCAUCGGCCUGGAGGCCAUCAUCAGGAAGGCCCUGAUGGGCAACUACGACGAGCAGGCCGAGGAGCGUCCCGCCCCCAACGCCACGCCGGCCGGCGCGGCCGCCCCCAUGCCCGCCGCAGACGGACGCCCCCCCGACGAUGCGUAUCCUCAACCAGGUGGGGGGAAGUCCAAGGGCAGCGGGCGCUCUAACGGGCGGAAGGCCAAGUCCCCCGGCCCCGGCCUGUCCGGGGGGGAGAGACCCUCCUCCGUGUCCUCUGUCCACUCUGAGGGGGACUGCAACCGCCGCACGCCCCUCACCAACCGCGUGUGGGAGGACCGGCCCUCAUCCACCGGCUCCACCCCGUUCCCCUGCAACCCCCUGACCAUGCGCUUCCCUGGGGGCAUGGUGUCCGCCUCCUCCCCCUCCUCCGGCCAGAUGGGGGCCCAGGGGGCGGGGCCGGGGCAGGGCCGCACCUGGGAGGAGGAGCCUAAGCCCCUGCUGUGCUCUCAGUACGAGACCCUGUCUGACAGCGAGUGAGAGAGACGGAACAGCAGCCCCGCCAGCCAACAGCCUCCACGCUGCUACACACACACACACACACACACACGCACACACACACACGCACACACACGUACAUACUUGCACACGUCAUUCCUCUCGCCGGUUCUACCUUCAUCAUGCAUGGUGUGUGACAAGAUCUCUGCCCCACCCCCCCGCCCUCUUUCCCUCCACACAUCUGCACACCUGAGGAUCCAAGUACUGAGGUGCUGAAACACUGCUGCUCAGUGUGUGUGAGAGAGAGAGAGAGAGAGAGAGAGAGAGAGAGAGAGAGAGAGAGAGAGAGAGAGAGAGAGAGAGAGAGAGAGGGAGAGAGGGAGAGAGGGGGAGAGUGUGCGUGUGUGUAUGCACUCACUCACUCCAGGACUACUCUAAAGGACAAAUCACUUUUAGUUUUUUUCUUCUCCUUCCUGUUUGCUGGCCUUAUUAACACGGACCCAUCACCCCCACACACUUCUAGCUCUAGUUUCUUCCGCGGUUCGUGGAAGGGGCUCGGUACGGCCCCGCUGUGCGGCGAUGCUGAAGGACUGGGUGUUACAGGGGCCCCAUGGGGCCCCCUGGGGCCCCCAGGGCUGAGUCUGCAUGCUGGGAGGAGGCUCUCCUCCCCAGGCCUGGCCCCCUCUGCUGUAUGGGACGGCCCCCCGGGGCCUCUACCACUACGAGCCAUCAGGCGAUGAACAGGAGGACACUUUGUUUUCUCGUUGUUGUUUUGGUCUCUUUCUCCCUCCCCUCCCCACCCCCUCUUCUUUAAAUCAAGUCAGUCCAGUCCUGUGUUUGAAAGUGAAAAGAGACCUUUAGUACUUUUUGAUGGUGAACUUUUUAGAUGCUGUCAGCUGUCGUCUCUUAUCUGCAAUGAUCUAUCUGGGGGGGUGGGGGGGUGGGGCGGGGCGGAGGGGUACGUAAGGGGGAGGGGUCAUAUCAUUGGUUUACAGGGUAAACAUGCUGUCCAUCGUUGAUGUCAUCAUACAUGAGAAAUGUUAUUGGAGGACAGUUUGAAGGCGCACGGUCUCUGGGCAUCCGCGAGACACCCGAGAUUGGUCGGAUGAGAUGUCACUCGAGACUAGCGACUCUCUCACUGUUUUUAUAUUAACCAUGUCUACGUGUUUGUUGAGACUGUUUUUUUGGAUGUUAAGCACUUAGUUGUCAAUCUGUUCACAAUGGCAUUUUAAAGAAUCUGUGUUUGGAGCAGAUCGUAACGGACUCUAGGAGAAGGAGGGUCCGACUGUGGAGGAGGGGCCUCUUUGGAACACCCUAGUCGUUGAGUUUAGGUCUUAGGUCUCACCACCCUCAUCCUCCAUCGCUCCCACACUCGAGCCACAAUCACAGCAGUAGCUAAAGGCGAGCUGGCCGCUCGGAGCCGGGUGGAGACCCAACCUUCUAGCUGCUCCGGGGGCCAGCCUCCGAGGCCAGCCUCCCAACAUCCCCCGUCGGAUUGAGAGUUCUAAGAGGCGACAAAUAAAAAAAGCCAUCUCUCUGUGAGCCUCGGCCCGUGGCCGCAAGAAGCCCGUCUGACAGCCUGACCUGGGAUCUCUCUGCAGGAGGGGAGGGUCCGGGCCUCUCACCUGGCCUGGCUCCUUCCCAAACCCACACCCUAUUUUGUACAGUUAUGAGAUAUUUCUAGUGUUAAGUGCCAUUUAUUUUACAUAUACAGUACUGAAGUUACCAAGUGACGCACAAAUGUUUUUUUUUCUCGUUUUUUUCUGCUUUUUCUAAUACAUUUUUGUUUUUCAUGCCAGGGUUUAUACGUGUCCAUGCAGGGAAGUUUUGAAACCAAUAGCAAAUGAAACGUCCUUCUUUUGAUUUCUACAAUUUAAGCACUUCCUGUUUGUCUUUUGUUUUUUUCUUCCUUUUUUUUCCACGGUUCAUGUUUCCAAUCUGUCACAGCCUUAGCCCUUUACUCUUUCACCUACUCCAGUUCCAAACUUGAUUCAACACAUUGGCAAUAUUUUUCAAGAUAUCUGCUUGUUGCAGGUUGUAUCUGCUUUGUGUAAUCCACAAAUACUACUACUUUUGGUUGUGGUUUUCUGUAGUACUGUGUUCUCCACUAGUCUGAGCAGAGUCACAAUAAUGACAGGGUACAGUACGCCGCCUUCCAUGUGCUUCUGAGAGGGGAGAACAGGUCACAUCUACUUAUUCAGAUGACGUCGUGGUUGAAACUUGUUUGAAAGGCCGUCUCUGUGGUUCAUAUGCAGUGCGUCCGGUCAGCAGGUUCCUGUCUGAUGGUGCCGGAGGUGGACACUGCAGUGGACAGUCCUGUGUGCUGGCUGGGGACCCUGGAGACUUGUUAGUAAUGAGCAGGUGUCAUGGUUAUCGGGCUGGAUCCUCGCUCGCUUCCUCUCUCGCCCUCGCGCCUCUCCCUCCUCUCUCCUUCCCUCCCUCCCUCCUCUCUCCAACCUGCUUCCCUCUCCUCCCCUUCUCAUCACUCCCUUCCUCCUCUUACAAACUGAAUCUACGUCGUUUUUCAAAAACAGUGAAGUGACGGCGAGACUGAAACCACAUCCAGAUGUUUCACCUUGUCACACAGCAGAGAGCGACACGGGAGUGGUUUUUAAAAGUGUACUGAACUGCGUUUUAAUCCUAACAUGCUGUUUUGUGUUUUCACAUUGCUCAUUGAUUUCAACCCCCCGUGUUCCUCUCCUAGCUCGUCGUUCGAGUUUCAUUUGUAAUUGAAAACAAAACGGACUCAUGGCUGAUAGGUUUCCUGAGUUCUCCAUGUGUGGGCGGUGGGAUGUCAUAGACAGUACAUUGUUUAACCAUAUUGUGCAUAAUGAUUUUUUUCUUUUCUUUUUUAUUAUAACCCACUGUAUAAUAGCAAGGAUUGUAUAUAGAACUCAAGAGAUGUAAAUAUUUAUGUGGCUUGCUUCAAGGUUGGUAUUUACAGAAAAACUAUUCACACUGUUAAAAUUCUACAUGCCCACCAGCAAGCUUUGUGGAUAGCAGUGUAAAAACGAAAAACACAACAAAAAAACACUGCCUUAAUGUUUAAAUAAAAAGCUUAUUGCCAUUGACAA